GGACACCCGGAGUGGAGGCAAUCCUUAUUUUCAGCUGGAGUGCUCCUCAUGAGCCAGCGUCACCCUUAGAAAAUAUGUUUUCCAUGAGGAUCGUCUGCCUGGUCCUAAGUGUGGUGGGCACAGCAUGGACUACAGAUACUGGUGAAGAUGACUUUCUAGCUGCAGGAGGAGGAGUGCGUGGCCCAAGGGUUGUGGAAAAACAACAAUCUGUCUGCAGAGAUUCAGACUGGCCCUUCUGCUCUGAUGAAGACUGGAACUACAGAUGCCCUUCUGGCUGCAGGAUGAAAGGGUUAAUUGAUGAAGUCAAUCAAGAUUUUACAAACAGAAUAAAUAAGCUUAGAAAUUCACUAUUUGAUUAUCAGAAAAACAAUAAGGAUUCUAAUUCAUUGACCAGAAAUAUAAUGGAAAUUUUGAGAGGCGAUUUUGCUGCAGCCAAUAACCGUGAUAAUACCUAUAACAGAGUGUCAGAAGAUCUGAGAAGCAGAAUUGAAGUCCUGAAGCGCAAAGUCAUAGAAAAAGUACAGCAGAUCCAGCUUCUGCAGAACAAUGUUAGGGCUCAGCUGAUUGAUAUGAAACGACUGGAGGUGGACAUUGACAUUAAGAUCCGAUCUUGUAGAGGAUCCUGCAGUAGGGCUUUAGCUCGUGAAAUAGAUCUGAAGGACUACGAAGAUCAGCAGAAGCAACUUGAACAGGUCAUUGCCAAAGACUUACUUCCCUCUAGAGACAGGCAACACUUACCACUGAUGAAAAUGAAAGCAGUUCCAGACUUGGUUCCCGGACAUUUCAAGAGCCAGCUUGAAAAGGCGCCCCCAGAGUGGAGGGCAUUAACAGAAAUGCAGCAGAUGAGAAUGGAGUUAGAGAGACCUGGUGGAAAUGAGAUUGCAGGAGGACACUCCACCUCUCAUGGAACAGGAUCAGAGACGGAAAGCCCCAGGAACCCUAGCGGUGCUGGAAGCUGGAACCCGGGGAGCACUGGACCUGGAAGUACUGGAAACCGAAACCCUGGGAGCUCUGGACCUGGUAGUACCGGAACCUGGACACAUGGGAGCUCUGGAUCUGGUAGUACCGGAACCUGGACACAUGAGAGCUCUGGAUCUGGUAGUACCGGAACCUGGACACAUGGGAGCUCUGGAUCUGGUAGUACGGGAACCUGGACACCUGGGAGCUCUGGACCUGGUAGUACCGGAACCUGGACACCUGGGAGCUCUGGACCUGGUAGUACCGGAACCUGGACACCUGGGAGCUCUGGAUCGGGUAGUACCGGAACCUGGACACCUGGGAGCUCUGGACCUGGUAGUACCGGAACCUGGACUCCUGGGAGCUCUGGAUCUGGAAGUACUGGCAAUGAAAACCCUGAGAGCUCUAGACCUGGUAGUACUGGAACCUGGUCUGGCAGCUCUGGAAGUGCAGGUACUGGGACUUGGACCUCUGAGAGCUCUGCAACUGGUAGUACUGGACAUUGGAGCUCUGGAUCUGGAAGUUUUAGGCCAGAUAGUUCAGGCUAUGGGAACACCAGGCCUACCAACCCAGACUGGGGCACAUUUGAAGAGGUGCCAGGAAAGGUAAGUCCAGGGACAAAGAAAGAGUACCACACAGAUAAACUGGUCACUUCUAAGGGAGAAAAAGAGCUCAUGAUUGGUAAUAAGAAGGUCACCUCUGGUAGCACAACCACCACGCGUCAUUUAUGCUCUAAAACUGUUACUAAGACUGUUAUUGGUCCUGAUGGUCACAAAGAAGUUACCAAAGAAGUGGUGACCUCUGAAGAUGGUUCUGACUGUCCCGAGGCAAUGGAUUUAGGCACGUUGUCUGGCAUGGGUACUCUGGAUGAUUUCCGUCGUAGGCACCCUGAUGAAGCUUCCUUCUUUGACACUGACUCAACUGGAAAAACAUUAGAAAGUCUAUUCUCAUCUAGGUUCAGAGAGUAUGAUGGUGAGUCUAUGGACUCAGAAUCUGGCAUCUUUACAGAUACCAGUUCUCAUCACGCUGGGGUACGUGAAUUCCCUUCCAGCAGUAAAACUUCAAGUCACAGCAAACAGUUUGUCAGUAGCACGGCAUACAGCAAAGGAGGCUCCACAGUACAAUCCAAGAGCCGUGCAAUGGCAGAUUAGGUCUAAAGUGAAGCUGAUCAUGAAGGAACACAUACCAUUAAGAGAAACCAUGCUAAAUCUUGCCUUACCAGAGGUAUCCACACUUCUCCUUUGGGGAAGCCUUACCCUGUCCCCCUAGACUAUGUUAAAUAUUUCUGCACAGUGUUCCCAUGGCACCUUGCAUUUCCUUCUUAACUCUCUGUUACACUUUAUUGAAACUACACUUUUUUGGUCUGUUUUUGUGCUAGACUGUAUAAGUUCCAUGGGGGAAAGGACUUUGUCUCAUCUCUGUAUUCCCAAAUGCCUAACAGUACAAAGUCAUGACUCAAUAAAUACAUGUUAAAUGAAUGAA